AUGUCUCCUUCCCCCCCCAUGUCUCUCUUUGGGGGAGUUGAGACGGAAGAGGUCGGGUGCGCGUAUUACGGGGAUGCGGAUUGCCCUUCUCUGGCAGCCUACCUGUUCCAGCUGCUGCAGUGGUGGCUGCAACUACUACUACAGAGCAGCAGCUAUGUAGCAGGCUCGUUGUCUUCAUCACUGUCUCGCAUGCCAUCUCAGUUGCUGCAGAUAUGCGUUUCUUUAGGUGGUGCUGUGCUUCUUGUGCUUUUCGUAUCUCUUAUUUACUGGCGCUGCAGAGUAAGCAGGUACAAUACCCCCGGUACUCUACGAGGUCCCCAGGGCCCCCCUCUUCGGCACCCGGUUCAUGCUUGGGAGGCGUUUGCUUCGGCAUCGAGCCCCAAGUACUGCUGCAUGUGCAGGGAACUUAUUUCGGGUUUUCUCAUAUACAGAAAUAAGGGAUGGGAGUGUUGCAUUUGCCGUCGUGCUUGCCAUGCCACGUGCCUUGCUGCGUGCGACUCAUUGCCCUGCAAAACACCUGCAGCCCCAGCAGCAGCAGCGGCUGCAGCAGCAGCAGCAACACAUGGAGCGGCAGCACCACCCGUCUUGAAGCACAGGCUGGUUGAAGGCGCUCUUGCUGCGGACGCAGUCUGUUGUUGCUGUGGCCUUGCAUGCAGCAGCACUUUCGGGCUCGACGGGCUGCGAUGUUUGUGGUGCGCUCGCACUGUCCACAGCGAGUGUCUUUAUCUUCUGCCAACUGCAUGCGACCUGGGUCCGUUGCGCCUGCUGAUGCUUCCUCCCGCUGCUGUGACGCCGCUUCUGUCGGCUGCUGCAAGCCCUCACGUGCUACUGCGCCUUGCUGCAGCGCUGAGAGAUGGGGGUGGAGUUUCUGCCGCUAUUCGAGGUCUCCGCAGCAUGGCCAUGUUGCUGCAGCAGAGCGUGUCUCGGCAGAUGAAACGCAUAAAUGCUUCCCUCAUGGGCUCCCUGAGGCAUGCACGCAGCGGCACGCAGCAACAACAACCGCAGCAGCAGCCGCAGCAGGGUGAGAAGCCAGCAAAAGAUGACGACGUUGCAGCAGCAACAGAGGGAUUAAGCGCCGUUGCUGAUAAUGCCCGCAGUAACGGGGAUACAAUCCUAGCAGCGCCUGGCACAGCACCGUUGGCGGAGCGUGCAGUGUCUGGGACGCCUCAGAGUAGGGACAGCGGCAGCAGCAGCACAGCUGGUGCUCGUGGCACGGAUUUAGGGGAGUCAGAGAACGCGGGUACUCCGCGUCGGCAGCAGUUCUUCUUGCAGCAGCACCAGUCACUGGAACGACAGAGACCACAAGACAUCCUGAGGGCUCUGGGCCGUCACUUGGAAGGCUUUAAAGUCCUUGCGGGUGGCGUAGAGAGUAGUGGCAGCAGCACUAGCUUCAGUGGCUGUAGCGAUGGAGAGAGCAGCAGCAGCGAGUACAGCAGGAGCUCUAGCAGGAUGUCGCGUACCUCCUGCAGCCAAAGCAGCAGCCACAGCAGCGCACAGGGCAUUGCGCAGCAGCAGGAGUUGCAACACGACAACAAAUUGCGCCACCGUCAGCCUCGAGGCCGAAAGGAGCGGUCGCACAUAGCUGAGACGCUGCCUGACUCAAACGGAGCUGCAAGAGUGGAGACUGCAGCCUCUGCUGCUGCUGCUUCAAAGCAUGUGAGUAAUAGCAGCAGCAACGGGAAGAAGGAACGAGUUGCUCAGCUACAGCAGGCGCUGGCGGAGAUUUUGCCUCCCAAGGCUCCUGUCUGGCGCCUUCGGGCUCAGCCGCUGCGGCACCUGCAUGCAGCUGAUGCAACACCAGUGUUGGUGUUUGUGAACUGCAAGAGUGGAGGACAAGUGGGGCGAACCCUCUACAAGGAGCUUUUGUAUAGAUUAAACCCUUUGCAGGUAGUUGACAUACAAGCCGAGGAUGGCCCAGAGAGGGCUUUACACCUUUUCAAGCCCUUAGCGCUGAGGCGAAGACUACGCGUGGUUGUCUGUGGAGGAGACGGCACUGUUGGUUGGGUCAUUGAUGCAAUACAGAAGGUUUACAGAGCCCCUGAGAAUCAGCAGCAUCAGCUGCAGCAACAGAAAGUUGAGCAGCACCAGAAGGAAGCUCGGGAAACAAGUACACCGAAAGUGCAAGACCUCGACGAGGAGGAGCAGCAACAGCAGCAGCAUAAACAGCAGGCAGGAUAUGAGCCCGAAUGUCAGGAGCAGACACAGCUGCAUGAGCAGCAGGUUAGCCAUGCUCCAACGGUACCAACGCAUUAUCCAGUAAUGAAACAUCCAGAUCAUCCACAGUGCAGGCUGUGCCAGGAAGCACCUGAGGUUAGUAAUCAGCAGAACCGAAGGCAACAGCAGCAGGAACAGCCGAAGCAGCUCUCGCUGCAGGAGCAGCAGAAAAUGAAGCAACCGUCGGCCUUUGUUCCUGUCGCUAUUUGCCCGUUGGGCACCGGCAACGACCUCAGUAACGUCUUGGGAUGGGGGAUGUCUUUCGACGGAGACAUCGUCGAGCACCUUCUCAAGAUUCGCCGGGCUGUUCCCUCAGUGCUUGACAUUUGGAAUGUUGAGGUGUCAGGCAGCAGCGGGCCGAUUCUCAGUAGCACGUUUUCCAACUACCUUGACGUCGGUGUUGCUGCACGCAUCGCACUGAAGUUUCAUAGACUGCGAGAGGGAAAUCCGGAACUUUUCCAGUCAAGGCUGGGCAACAAGUUCUUGUAUGGAGAAGUUGGGUUUAGAGACUUCUUAGGGCCCCGUGCUGCAGCCCUGGAAGUCAGGGGUCUCUACUGCGACGGCGGGGUGAUGUUGUGGGGAGAUGCAGAACCACAACAGCAGCGACAGUUGCAGCAUCACGAGCAGUUUGUGUUGCCACAGUCUCAUCAGGUUCAGCAGAAGUACUACAGACGGGCCCGCCUCGCGACUUUAGGCCACGGCGUUUCAACAGAUUCGUCUUCUUCUGAUAUUGGCGUCCCACGUCGCCAUUCACAGUCGCACAAACGGCACCGCACCACGGAUGUUGCUGCUAGUGCUGCGCAGUCCCAUGCUGUUGGACCGGAAGGCGCCACGGCAGUCUCCGCUCCUCCAAGUCCGGGACAGAGGCUUGCAUCUCCAGAACUCGCAGCUAGUACGGUUGGAGCUGUAGCGCCAAAGCCGGCACUGCAUCGCACAAAAGAGCAUACAUAUAUGGUAUUGGCUGCAGACACGGCAACAGUUGCAGCGACAGAUAACUGCGGAGCACUUAAGAGCGACUGCAGUAACAGCGUUGAGUGCGCAUAUGAGGAGGAGCCGGACGAAUUUGCCACGGAGCCAAACCAGCAUCGGAAGGGCCCGGAACAAAAGAGGCAGCAGCAUCAGCAACAGCAGCAUCAACAGAAGCAGCAGCACCAGGGCCGGAGCCGCCGGCCUCGAGCAUACCCAGCGUCUCCUCACACGCAUACCGCACCAGGCGGCAGAGGGAACAGUUUGGGGUUCAGGGACCAGCAGUACAUGAGUGCACCGCACUUAGGGGCCUUGACUGCCUCUGUGCAUCGCCGCCAUCAGUUGCAGCAGCAGCGUUUUGAUCAUUGGAAACCUCAAAAGAUCGACGACGGACUCAUAGAAGUUGUCGCCUUCAAAAGCCUUUUCCAUCUCGGGCAGGUUCAGGUUGGCCUGGCUAAAGCCUUGCGUUUGUGUCAAGGACGCAGCGUGUGUUUGCACGUUAGCGGAUCUCUUCCUCUGCAAGUUGAUGGGGAGCCACAGUUACUUGAGGGCAGCUGCCGCAUAGCAAUAACUCACAAGUAA